CCCACGGGCCGCGUCUCCGCCCCCUGCCCCUGCCACACGUUGGUACCUUCCAGGCUUCAGGUCGCCGCUCUACGCCCGUGCCUUCCGGUCCCUCCGCUCCCCUGAAGAGUCCUUGUGACUCCUGUUGACCUAACGUAGUGAAUGCAGUUAGACCCGGAGGCUAGCCCGCCAACAGGGUCAUUCCCGCCUCUUAGGGUCGCCGGGACCGCGUGCCCUCCAGCUGCCUCCUUCACCAGAUUUUCAGCUACUGAUGUUACAAUCAAUCAAAUACUGGAGCAUAGAGUUGAGGAAAAGACUUAAACCAGAUUUUUCUUCAGUCAGUUAAAAAUAUGGAUCCUGAAUCAGAGGGGCCACAGAUUAUCAAAGUGACACCUCUUCAGCAAAUGCUCGCUUCUUGCACUGGAGCUAUACUGACUUCACUAAUGGUGACACCCCUCGAUGUUGUUAAAAUUCGACUCCAAGCCCAAAACAACCCAUUCUCCAAAGGAAAAUAUUUUGUGUAUAGUAAUGGACUUAUGGAUCAUCUAUGUGUCUGUGAAGAGGAAGGCAACAAAGCAUGGUAUAAGAAACCAGGACGUUUCCAGGGUACAUUGAGUUACAGAGUGAUGGCAGUUCCUGCCACAGUUAUUUAUUUUACCUGCUAUGAUCAAUUAUCUGCUCUCCUGAGAUCAAAAUUAGGAGAAAAUGAAAGUCAUAUACCAAUUAUUGCCGGAAUUGUUGCCAGAUUUGGUGCAGUAACUGUGAUAAGUCCAUUAGAAUUGAUUAGAACCAAGAUGCAAUCUAAGAAGUUUUCUUACAAAGAAUUGCAUCGAUUUGUCAGCAAGAAAGUAUCUGAAGAUGGUUGGAUUUCCCUUUGGAGGGGCUGGAUUCCUACUGUUCUUAGAGAUGUACCGUUCUCAGCAAUGUACUGGUAUAACUAUGAAGUUUUAAGGAAGUGGUUGUGUGCAAAAUCUGGUUUAUAUGAACCAACAUUUAUGAUCAACUUUACUUCAGGGGCAUUGUCUGGUUCUUUUGCAGCUGUUGCAACUUUGCCAUUCGAUGUGGUAAAAACACAAAAGCAGACUCAACUUUGGACAUAUGAAAGUCAUAAAAUUUCUAUGCCUUUGCCUAUGUCAACCUGGACUAUCAUGAAGAACAUUGUUGCUAAGAAUGGAUUUGCAGGAUUAUUUACAGGCCUCAUUCCCCGUUUAAUUAAAAUUGCUCCUGCUUGUGCUAUUAUGAUCAGUACCUAUGAAUUUGGGAAGGCUUUUUUCCAAAAGCAAAAUGCUCGAAGACAACAAUACUAGUGAUGCUGUUUCAACUUGAAUUAACAACCAAAGCCAAAUAAUAAGAUGGAGACUCUUAGGCAAGAACUCUUUCACCAUUAUCUUAAAAUUAUUUUAUAUAUUUCUUUCUUAUAAUUUAAAUGAGCAGUAAUUUCUACUUUGCCUCUGAAUCAUAACCCUAAUUUUAAAAUAAAUUGUUAGUCUGAUUUUUGAGAUAUUGAAAAAGAUACUCCAGAAGUCACACCAUUAAAUGUUCCUGUAAAGAAAAGAAAAAUUAUUCCUUAGCACUGAAAGUGAUAAUCUCUGAGAGUUUGAUAUUAUAGAUUUCGGUAUAACAUCAUUGGGAAUGUGUCAGAUGUAUCAGAACAUUUUGAAUUGUGUGUUGAAUGAUGUUCAGAGUCUAGAAGAAAAAUGCCUGUCUCUAACACACACUUAAAUCAUGCACAUAGAUAUUUAAGUAUUCCAACAAAGUAGAUAAUAGAUGGCAGUCUUUAAAUAACAUUAUUCGCAUUUAUCUAAUUACCUAUUAGAUUUUCUUUAAUUCAAAUGCAUUAGUUUUUUGUUUUAUUUUACACCUCCUCUUGCUGUGAUAAGGCUUCACCAGUAUUAGGAUUUCUCUGCCUAAAGGUAUGGCUGUUUUAUCUUUAUGAACCAGAAUAUAACUGUUUAUGUGAUAAAGAUAUUUUUGGUGACUAAAGACGCUGUAUUAUCUACUGUUUCUACAAGAGAGAAGGAGUCUUUACUGAUUGCGUUAAAUGUUUGGCACAGUGAAUCUUGGGUGUGCAUAUAUUUAGAGUGGUAAAAAGAACGUUUCAGCCUGGGAAGGGCCCUGGUUUCAGCCGUCUUGGAAUCCAGAUAUCACUGUUUGUGGAGCUCUCGAGGUCACACGUAUUGUCUUCUUCUAACAACACUGAGAUUAACACAAGAUAAGCCACAAGUACUUCCACAAUGUCCCUUGAUUGUACACAUCUCAUGUUAGUAUGCUACAUCAAGAGACUAAAGAGGCCGCUGUUUCCUUGAAGAAACAGCUUUAUUCACUACAGGCUAAUGGCUCAGUAAUGUAGCUCGUGGCUGUAGGAAUGAAACAGGACUAUGCUGGACGGAUGGAAAUGUUCUGUUAUUUUUGUUUUUGAUUUAUUUUCUCAGGAUCUAUAUCCUAUAAGAAAAAGCACUUUAUUGCAGUCUGUGUGUAUGCUAUGACAAUGUGAAGUUGUUGUUUUUUUUCCCUAAAAUAGAGUAAUAUAGUUAGGUGACAGAUCUCUAGUGUUGGUAGAGGAAUUAUGUAUUUUGUAUUUUAGUAGAAAAGAGUUCAUAUGUUUCGUCAGAAAUAAACUAUAUAGGGUUUGUAUGUAAUCUUUUGUGUUUACUUUAUCCUGUGUUGAUUUACCUUAAAUUUUUAACACACAUAUCUAUAAAAUCAUUAAUGUUUAUGCUUUCUUAAAAUUAUCACUGUGCUUCAAGCUAAAUAUUUUCAUAUAAAAUCAUUAUGUUAAUGCUGUAUUUUAUAUAAGAAAGUUUAUCUUGAACACUGCUGUUUAACAGUAUUAAAUUUAAAUUUACCUUUGUUCUGUUAUGCUUCUUUUUGGUAACUGGUAGAAAAGAGAAAAAUUUAAAUUUAUAAUUAUUAAGAAGCAGUCACAUAUUUCAACUUAAUAGAAAUAACCAGUAGGGAAAUCCCCAUCACCCUCCCACCCCCAAAACGGACUGCACUUAUGGAAAAUUCUUACCAUUUAUGCCUAAAAUAAACAAAUCUAAUUCCCUAGUAGCUUUUCUAGUACAUAUUACAGCCAUGUAUCUGGAUGAAAAGGGUGAAUUGAAGCUUUCUUUAUACUUAAGUGGUAAAGAAGCAUUAAUGCUUUAUUUAAACAAAAAAAAUAGUAGCAACUGAAAAGCACUUGGCUAGAAAUUAUAUUCUUGGUCAUGUUUCUGGAAGCAGAUAGUUUCGAUCUGCGUGAAAUUUUCUAACAAAUACAUUUACUUCCUUAUGUGUAUAUUUUUAAAAAAGAAAUGCAAGUUUUACAUGUUUGCCACCUUCCGUAUAAUACACAUUUGACUUUUUGAACAAGUAGAUAUGAAGUUAAAAUAAAUUUUUUAUUUCUAGGAAACUAUUCACUAUGCUUAUUUAAUCACAUGACUCCUUUAAAUUCUUCCCUCUUUCUGGAGCAUGAAUUCCAGGGAUAUGGGAAAGUUUAGUAUAUCAGGUUUUAAUUUUUUUUCCAAAAUAAACUUUUUAAAUAAAUUUUAACCUAUCAUUUGACAUCUCCGAUCUUUUCCGUGGCCAGCUCAAGUUUAAGAAGCACUGGAGAUAGGAAGUGCUUCAGAUACUCACUGGCUAUAAAGUUGGCGGAGCUGUGAUUGACAGAGGGCUGCAGAGGGAGUGCUGGGAGCGCUCAGGGAUUCUCCACUGAGCUUGUGGGGAAUGUCAGGAAAUGCUCCUAAGAUAAAGACAAUUAAACGUACCUGGACAGGGGAGUCUCAGUCAGGCAACGGAAGUUAGUCCCAUGGAAGGAAAAACAGGAAGGCAACUGGAAACCAAGCAUUUUUGGCACAGGUCUAAGAAUUAUAGAGUUGGGUUUGGUGGUUUUGUUUUUUGUUCUUUUCCCCCAAGACCAGCAAUUAUUUUAACUGAAAAGAAAAGAGGGUAGCAUAGUUUAGCACAGCACAGCACACACCAGAAUGUGUCACAUGUAGUAAGGCUGAGUCUUAUGUAGUGAAACUUUGGCUUCAGUUGGGUUUUAGAGAAAUCAUCAGCACUAUAGAAAAUGGGGACUUAUAUAGUAAGGAUUGGUUUGUACCAGAAUAGACUUUGAAAAAGGACCAUAAUAACAUUGAUAUAAUUUUUAUCUGCCCCUUCCUAUCAUCAGUUAAAAAGAACUAAUGCUAAAAAAUAAAAAUUACUUUGCUUCCAGAAGAACAAAGGAAACCAAUUAAAAAAUACUUAAGAGCCCUGAUGUUCAAAGCACUUGUGUGACAUUUCAGAGGGAAUCCAACAUUACGGUAGGAACUUUGACCAAGAAUUUCCCUAAGUUGUAAAUUUGAGACACACUUUUAACCACUUGAAAACUUGUGUGUAAAUCUAAUAAAUACGACUUAAAUAAAAACUUAGUUUAUAUAAUUUCAUUUAAUGCUGACAUCAUCUUGAUGCCAUCAUAGGUUCUGAGAAGAAGAUGAUGUUUCCAUUUUAUAGGUGAGAAAACAAACAUGGCUCUUAUAUAAUUAUGUUAGCAACUACCAAAAUCACUACUGUAUUGUACAACUUCAACAGAUAACUGUGUAUUAUAAAGCAGAUCAUGUAAUUUUUUUUUAAAUAAAAGGGUAUUUGAGUUGAAAUAAA